UGUACUUGGCACCUGUCGAGGGGACGGAGACAGAUGCGCAUGGACUCCCCUGGACGGUCAAGCUUCCCUUCCGAGCUGCUCUCGGGGGGCGCUUCUCCUAGCGGCGAUGAAGGAUUCUUCCCGUUUGUGCUGGAGCGCCAUGACUCCUUCCUGGGAGGGGGCCCAGGCCCAGAGGAGCCAGAGGACCUGGCCCUACAGCUGCAACAGAAAGAGAAGGACCUGUUGCUGGCUGCGGAACUCGGCAAGAUGCUUCUGGAGCGCAACGAGGAGCUUCGGAGGCAGCUGGAAACGCUGAACGCUCAGCACUUGGAGCGCGAAGAAAGGCUGCAGCAGGAGAAUCACGAGCUCCGCCGUGGAUUGGCAGCCCGGGGCGCUGAGUGGGAGGCCAGAGCCGUGGAGCUGGAGGGAGAUGUGGAAGCGCUGAGGGCCCAGCUUGGGGAACAGCGGUCAGAGCAGCAGGACAGUGGGCGAGAGCGGGCAAAGGCCCUGGGUGAACUCAGCGAGCAAAACCUCAGGCUCAGCCAGCAGCUGGCCCAGGCCUCCAGGACAGAGCAGGAACUGCGGCGGGAGCUGGACACCCUUCGAGGUCAGUGUCAAGCUCAGGCCUUGGCAGGGGCAGAGCUCAGAGCCCGGCUGGAGAGUCUACAGGCAGAGAACCAGAUGCUGCAGGAGCGCCGGCAGGACCUGGAGGCCCAAAUCCGAGGCCUCCGUGAAGAAGUGGACAAAGGCCAAGGCAGGCUGCAGGCCACACACGAGGAGUUGCUGCUGCUUCGUAGAGAGAGAAAAGAGCACAGGCUGGAGCUGGACCGAGCUCGCUUCGAGGCUGGGGAGGCGCUGAGCACGCUUCGGAGGCUGCAGCGGCGGGUCUCGGAGCUGGAGGAGGAGUCGCGCCUCCAGGACGCCGAAGUGUCGGGUGCCUCCCUACAGACCGAGCUUGCGCACAGCCUUGACAGCGACCAGGACCAAGACCAGCGUGUCAUCGAGUGUGGAGGCGCCCAGACCGUCUUGUCGCCGGAGACUCAGGAGUCCCCCAGUCCCCCGCCUUCAAUCCAGGAAGAGAGCCUGGAGCCGCCCAAGAAGCGAGCAUCCCUGAGCCCGGGGGAGAUACUGGAGGAGAAGGAGGCGGAAGUGGCCCGACUGCAGGGCGAGAUCGCGCUGCACCGCACAGAGCUCCAGACCCUGCGGGAUGAGCUGCAGCGGCAAAAGGAGCUGAGGGCUCAGGACAACCCCGAGGAAGCCCUGGGCUGUGCGCUCUCCGACCGGGACGAAGCGGUGAACAGAGCGCUGAAGCUGUCCCUGGAGCUCAGCCGUGUCUCCCUAGAGCGGGACUCUCUGUCCCGGGAGCUGAUGCGCGCCAUCCGCCAGAAGGUGGCGCUGACGCAGGAGCUGGAGGCUUGGCAGGACGACAUGCAGGUGGUGAUCGGUCAGCAGCUGCGCUCCCAGCGCCAGAAGGAGCUCAGCGAGGCUGCAGCCGCCCCGCGCCGCUCCAAGACCCGCUUCUCACUGCAGAGUGGAGGCUUUCUAAGCAACUUUUUCCGAAGGACCUGAGGGCUGGGCGGCAGGGCCACUUUUUCUCACUCUGGAGCUCACUUUCCUUUCAGCCAUUGGAACCACGGGGUCUGAAUGACUUCCAGAGGAGGCCAUUGUCUCCGUGCCCCAAGAGGUGGACAGAGGCGCUUUGGGAGCAGGGGCCAGCUGUGGGGCAGGAGCCCCAGCUGGGUGGCGGGGGCAGAGCUGUUUAUUUUUCUAAUCUAUCUAGGUCUAUUCUAAGCACCAGGCCCUGCCCUGGUGGGGCGGGGGCGGGUAUUUAUGUGUAAGGAUAAGUCAGAGGAAUAUAUAAAUCAUUAUGCUUACUCGGUCUCUAUUUUUGGGU